GCAGGUUGUUGCUGCGGUGUCAAUGCUUGUUCCAGCGUGCCGCCAAGCCGGUGACACCGUGCACUCCGUGGGCCGGGUAGCAACCCCAGAGAUAGGCCAGCCGCCUUCGCCGGGCCGAAGCCGGCGAGGAAGCUGUGGAUUUUCUCGUUGCCAGCCAGACAGAGUCAUCGCUACCGCGGGGUCCAACCUCCCACCAUCUGCCAACCUCCGCCCCUUCUGCAUCAAGACCUGGUCAAUUGUGCACAGGACGUUUCCUCCAAGAAGGCCCAUCUUUCGUAUCUGACUUUCGGCCAUCAUGUCUAACCAAGAAGGGGCCAAUGGCGCCUCCAACGGCACCCACACCCAGUCUCAGCGGUACCUUAGCACCCGCGGGGAGGACAAUGACCUGUCCUUCGAAGAUGUCGUGCUCAAGGGCCUCGCCACCGACGGGGGCCUAUACAUCCCCGAGGAGAUCCCGCAGGCAACCGGCUGGGAGAGUUGGAAAGAUCUGCCAUUUCCCGAGCUCGCCUUCAAUAUCCUUUCGCUCUACAUCUCCCCCUCCGAAAUCCCGGCCGACGACCUCAGAGGCAUCAUCGACAGGAGUUAUGCCACCUUCCGCCACGAGGAUACCACCCCCCUUCGGCAUCUGCAGGACAAUCUGUUCCUACUGGAGCUGUUCCACGGGCCCACAUUCGCAUUCAAGGAUGUGGCUCUGCAAUUCUUGGGGAAUCUCUUUGAAUACUUCCUGACAAGGAAAAACGAGGGCAAGAUCGGAAGAGAUCGGCAUCACCUGACGGUGGUCGGCGCAACGUCCGGCGACACAGGUAGCGCCGCCAUCUACGGCUUGCGCGGCAAGAAGGACGUCUCCGUCUUUAUUCUGCACCCCAAGGGGCGUGUCAGUGCGAUCCAGGAGGCCCAAAUGACCACUGUCCUCGACAAGAAUGUGCACAACCUCGCCGUCACAGGCACCUUCGACGACUGUCAGGAUAUCGUCAAAGCCCUGUUCGCCGACCCCGACACCAACUCCACUCUCAACCUCGGCGCCGUCAACUCCAUCAACUGGGCUCGCAUCCUCGCCCAGAUAGUCUACUACUUCCACGCCUACUUCUCCCUUGCCAAGUCGUCACAGAGCUUCAACCUCGGCGACAAGGUCCGCUUCGUGGUGCCGACGGGCAACUUCGGAGACAUCCUGGCUGGCUACUUCGCCACGCGUAUGGGCCUACCGGUCGACAAGCUCGUGGUGGCGACCAACGAGAACGAUAUCCUCAACCGCUUCUGGCGAACGGGCCGAUACGAUAAGAAGCCGGCUGCUGUCCCGCCCGAGGCCACGGGAGGACUUUCGGCGGAUGGCGUCAAGGCCGACGAGAGCGGCGUCAAGGGCACUCUGUCACCGGCCAUGGACAUCCUAGUUAGCAGCAACUUCGAGCGGCUGCUGUGGUUCCUGGCUUACGAAUUCGCAUCGGCAGCCGGCAUGGACGAUGAGUGGAACAAGCGGCAAGCGGGCCAGGAGGUGGCAGCGUGGCACAAAGACCUCAAGGCGAAGGGCGGGUUCAGCGUAUACAAGGCCGUCCUUCUCUCAGCACAGCGCGACUUCGAGAGCGAACGUGUCGACGACGAGCAGACGGUGGCUACCAUCAAGGACUUUUAUGGCCGUCUUGGGUACAUUCUUGACCCACAUUCGGCGGUCGGAAUCGCGGCGUCGCUGAGGUCUGCCGCCCGCACAGGUGUCGAGGUGCCGCACAUCUCACUGGCGACCGCGCACCCGGCCAAGUUCGCCAAUGCUGUCGACAAGGCUCUAACGGGACUGGAAGGCUACGAUUUCGAGACCAAAGUGCUGCCCAAGGAAUUUGUGGGCAUGCACGAGCGGGAGAAGAGGGUCGCGUUCGUGGAGAAUGACUGGAAGGCAGUGGGCGAGCUGGUAGAGAAGCAAGUGGAGGAGGAGCUCAAGGAGGAGGAGCAGGCCGCACGGGCGGAGAUCGAGGCGGCCAAAGAGUAAAGAGGAUACUGACUAAGGGCCGGGGGUGGUCGUUUCAUGCAUGAUGCUUUGAUGUCCCGACGGUGUUAUCUCGAGAGGGUGGUAGUCUGCAUAGAGAAUACUCAUGGCAUGUUUCGCCAAUACUAUACGUAGCAAAGAAGAACUGGUCAUUCUGCGA